GAAGAACCCUAUUAUGGUCCAGAAUAAACAGAAGGGUGGCCCCAAGGCCAAACUUCCCAGAAUUAACAAAAAUGAUGCCAGUUGGGAGAAAGUCAAACUAAAAGGUAAUGUUAUCUCUGAGGAUGGUGUGGGUUUGGAGGGUUUAAUUGGUCUGGAGGUUUUGGAGAGCUAUGAUCCGAAUUUGGUGGAGAUGUCAAAGCCCAAAACAACACGCAAAGAAAAACGCAUGGAACGUAAAAAGGCCAGCAAGAAACCCAAAAAAGAAGGUGAAGAAAAAGACGAGGAAGAAGAUAGUGAUGCUUCCCUCUCAGAAUCCGAGGAUGACAGUGAUGAUGACAACGAAGUCGGUGGCAAGAAAAGCAAAAAGGCUUCAUACAAAGAACGUUUGGCAUUGAAGCUGCAAAAACGCCGUGAAAGAAGGGAACAAAGGAAGCUGGAACGUAAAUUGGCCAAGAAGGGUGGCAAGCAGGCGGAAAGUGAAGAUGAUGAGGAGGAGGAAUACAACGAGGAUCGUUUCAAGUUAUUGAGGCCUCCAAAGGAGGACGAAAAUGAAGAGGAUGAAGAAGAAAAAGACAGCGAUGAGGAUGAUAGUGAUGAUAAUGAGGCACCCUCAUUGGUGGAUGGCAAUGCUGUAAGCAUGGAUGAUUUGGUGGGUUGGAAUGGUCUCGGUGUCCCCGAUUGCAUACUAAAAGCCUUGGCCGAAAAAGGUUUCAAAUCACCCACCGAAAUUCAAUCGAAAACAUUGCCCGCCGCCAUAUUGGGUAAAAAAGAUAUUCUCGGUGCUGCGGAGACGGGUAGCGGCAAAACAUUGGCUUUUGGUAUACCUCUAUUGGCGGGUAUAAUGGAAUUGAAAAGGAAAAACUCAAAGACUGGUAUAAGAAAACCUUUAACAAAGGCCAAGGACAAACAUCAAGAAGCGGAAGAAGAAUUGCCGCAGGGAGAUGAAUAUGAAGUGCCCAUGGAGGUGGAUGAAGAAAGUGGCAAUGAAAGCGAAGAAGAUGAAAAUCAAAGUCCUCUUUAUGGUUUGGUGCUGACACCCACCCGUGAAUUGGCGGUGCAGGUUAAAAAUCACAUUGAGGCGGCAGCCAAGUAUACAGGCAUUAAAGUGGCUGCCAUUUUUGGUGGCUUGGCAGUGGCCAAACAGGAACGUGUUUUGAAAAAAUGCCCGGAAAUUGUGGUGGCCACUCCAGGACGUUUUUGGGAACUUUAUCAGCAGGAUAAUAAACAUUUAAGGCAUUUGGAGGAUAUUAGCUUUUUGGUCAUUGACGAAACAGAUCGUAUGGUGGAAAAGGGCCAUUUUGAAGAAUUGAGACAAAUUUUGAAGCUCAUCAAUGACAAUGAACAGAAGAAGCAAUCGAGACAGAAUUUUGUUUUCUCGGCCACAUUGACAUUGGUCCACGAUUUGCCGGAACAUAUGCAGAAGCGUAACUAUGGCAAGCGUCCCAAAUUUGUAAAACAAACUGCCGAAGAUAAAAUCCAAAAUCUGAUUGAGGAAUUGGGUAUAUCACAACCCAAAAUUGUGGAUAUCACAAGGUCACAACAAACUGCCCAAAAUCUGACGGAAUGCCGUUUGAUUUGCCCCUUGGAACAAAAGGAUUAUUAUUUGUAUUAUUUUGUCCAAAGACAUCCGGGACGUACCAUUGUCUUUUGCAAUUCCAUUGAUUGUGUUAAGAGAUUGGCCAACCUCUUUGGCCUCUUGAAAUGUGAACCCUUACCCUUGCAUGCCAAUAUGAUACAAAAACAACGUCUUAAGAAUUUGGAACGUUUUCGUGAUAAUCCCUGUGGCCUGCUGAUAGCUACCGAUGUUGCGGCUCGUGGUUUGGAUAUACCCAAUGUGGAACAUGUUAUACAUUAUCAGGUACCCCGUACAAGUGAAAAUUAUGUCCAUCGUUCCGGUCGUACAGCCAGAGCCAAUAAGGAUGGUAUAACUGUGAUGUUUAUGGAACCCGGUGAAGUGAAGAAUUAUGUGAAGCUUUAUAAAACUUUAGAGAGAACUGAGGAUUUGCCCCUUUUCCCCGUCUCGGAACGUUAUUUGGCUGCUGUUAGAGAACGUGUGGAUUUGGCCCGGGAAGUUGAUCGCCAAGAAUUGAAAUUGAAACGGGUGCAAAGUGAAAUGGGUUGGAUGAAGAAGACAGCCGAAGAAAUGGAUAUGGUUAUUGAGGGCUACAAUGAUGAAUCUGGCAGUGAUCAAGACGAAGAUGCCUUUAUCAUAGAAAAACGACGCAAUCGCAUUCACCUGGCCAAUGUAAGGCAACAAUUGAAAUCGUUAUUGGCCACACCAAUUUUCCCACGAGGCUUUAGUUUCAAAUAUCCCACGGCCACUGGUGGUUUGCAAGUGCCUGAUAUAUCUGCCGGACCCGUACAAGAUAGUGACCAAAAACCCAAUACAGCUGUCAAAGCAAUGCAGGAAGCUAUUGAGGAUAUGAAAAAGGCAAAGAAAAUGCGUAAUAAAAAGAAAAAAUAAAUUUGAUUUUGUAAAU